AAGGAGAUAUCAACUCUCGUUUUUUCCAUAAUGCCGUUAAACAAAGAAGACGUCGGAAUAAAUUGCAAGGGCUGCGGACUGAGAUGGGGGAGUGGAUUACUGAUAGAAACCAGAUGGCCGAAUUAGUCAUAAAUUAUUUUGACAAAAUUUUCAAGGAACAAAACGAGGGGAGACAACUUGAGGAGACAGUGACUUUUACUCGAGUUACUGUGGACCAGAAUGACAAGCUCCUAAGGCCAAUCAGCUCGGAAGAAGUGAAGGCGGCAAUUUUUGAUAUGCAUCCUGAUAAAGCCCCGGGUUCAGACGGCAUGAAUCCUGCUUUCUUCCAAAAAUUCUGGGAUGUUGUCGGCAGUGACAUCACACGGUUGUGUAAAGGCACGAUGGAUAGAGAUUAUUAUGCUAUGUGUGACAACGGUGAGCUAUUAUGUUCAAUUUGACAAGGAGUUUUUGGGACCGAUUUACCCGGGAAGAGGGUUACGACAGGGGGAUCCUCUUUCCCCUUAUUUAUUUAUACUGGUGGCAGAGGGUCUGAGUGCGCUGAUGAGACGUGCCGAACAGAAAGGAGAUUUGAAGGGCAUUUCGGUGUGCAGGGGCGCACCUAAAGUGUCCCAUCUUUUAUUUGCAGAUGAUUGCUUUAUAUUUUUCAAAGCUGAUGGUAAAAACUGUUUGGCAGUUAAGAAUAUUUUGCAGGUGUAUGAGGAGUGUUCGGGACAGAUGGUUAAUUUUAACAAAUCUUCCUUGAAUUUUAGCCCGAACGUGGGCGAGCCGUUUAAAGAUCAAUGUUGUGAUUUGUUUGAAAUUCCGAGAGAUAGUGGGCAGAAAUUGUAUCUUGGCUUGCCAGCUUUGGUUGGAAAAAAUAAGAAAGUUAUUUUGGGAUAUUUGAGGGAUCGAAUUUUUAGCAGAAUAAGAAGUUGGAAUAAUAGGUUCCUGUCCAGAGCAGGUAGGGCGGUUCUCCUAAAAAAUGUCAUCCAGGCAAUGCCAACCUAUGCCAUGAAUGUUUUCCUGCUCCCGAAAGAUCUCUGUGUUGAUAUCAAAAAAUUAAUGAAUGGUUUUUGGUGGAAAGGGGCAAAGUUCGAGCAAAAGGGACUGAGAUGGAGGAGUUGGGAUGCUUUGUGUAAGCCGAAGGAAGCAGGCGGUCUGGGUUUCCGGAAGAUAAGAGAAUUUAAUUUAUCCAUGUUGGCUAAACAAGGAUGGAGAUUAGUUACGGAGCAGCACAGUCUUAUGAGUCGUGUUUUAAAGGCUAAAUAUUUUCCUCAGUCAUCUUUCUUGGAGGCAAAAGUAGGUAAUAAUCCUUCCUUUAUUUGGAGAAGCAUCUUUGAGACACAGAAUAUUUUGAAGGAAAAUAUCCGGAGGAGAGUGGGGAAUGGCAUAAAUGUUCAAGUUUGGGCUGAUGCAUGGUUACCGGGUCCAGGCACUGGGAAAAUUACUUCGAAUAAACCUCAGUGGGUGAGUGAUAUGAAUGUGGCGGCUUUGCGGGAUUCUACUGGCACAAACUGGAAUCGGGAACGAAUAGAGGCCUUAUUUAAUGAGACAGAUAAACAGCGAAUCCUAAGUGUGCCAAUAAGCAUACAAAACCGAGAAGACAGUUAUUGGUGGACAGGAGAAAAGAAUGGCUCUUUUUCUGUUAAGAGUUGUUAUAGGAAGGUGGUAGGAGAACAGAAUUCGGGAUCUUGGGAGGGAUGGAAUAAAAUUUGGGAAUUACAUAUCCCUCCAAAGUUCCAAUAUUUUGUUUGGCAAGUUAUGGAUGGUACUCUCCCUAUUGUUGCAAAUCUAAGAAAGAGAGGGAUUAAUAGUCCAGGGGGUUGCAAGGUGUGUGGUUUGGAGGAGGAGGAGAAUUUGAUGCAUGCUGUUCGGUCAUGCCCAAAAGUGGAAGAGGUUUGGAGAGCUGCACACUACAGCUUGGGCUUGGGCGGGCAGCAGCAGUCGAUCGAGGAAUGGCUGCAGCAGCAAUUGAUGCAGCAAGAUCGAGACAGACGGGGCAGAUUUGUGGCUCUCUUGUGGUGUAUUUGGAAGAGGCGGAACAUAGCGGUGUGGGAGGAUAAAACGCAGGAGGCUUCAUGGGUUGUUAAUAUGGCGGAUGGUAUGAUUGUUAGGUGGAAAGAGGCUCAAAAAGCCACUGCAGGGACUGCUGCAAUUUUGCAGCGAGGAGGGCAGCAGAAUGGGGCGCAAGCGGGCGGUCCGAGGGAUAAAUGGGAAGCUCUGGAGGAAGGGAUAGUAAAAAUCAACGUCGACGGAGCAACUAAUCAGGCAACAGGUUUGCGUGCAUGGGGAUGGAUUGCUAGAGACCAUCAAGGUGAGUUCAUCAAAGCAAGAGGGGUUUCCCAUAGAGCCGAAUGGACAGUGGAGGAAACGGAAGCUAUGGGGAUCAGGGACGCAUUAAAUGGAGCUGUGGCUGAAGGAUGGAAUAGAGUGAUAGUUGAAAGUGAUGCAUUAUCCGUGGUUCGAGGAAUAGCACGACGAGGGAGUGGCUCCUAUCUUGAGCUUGUUCUUGAUGAUAUUUUUUCUAUCGUUGAGUCAAAGAGUAAUUUUGAAGUCUCUUUUUGUAAAAGAUCUGCGAACCAUGUUGCUCAUACUUUAGCUAAGGCACAUGUUAGUUCACCAGAUCAUGUUAUGGAAUAUGUGGAGGUUCCAGAUUGCAU